CCCAACUUUGGCAAUCUCGUCCCUCAAGCAACAAGAUUCAAUCUAUCGCAACGACGCAACUUACGACCUUUCUGUCCUACGCGCUCGAUCAUGUCGACUACCAACGCGGUGACUACGACCAUCGAGGCGGCUCAGGCCCCGCAGCUCUCCUCCGUCGCUCCUUCAACCGUCAGCGGUAUCCCUGCUCCCGAGGUGGGGGACGACGCCGGAGCCGCCUCCCAACAUGGCGCACCUGUCAGAACCCAAACAUUCCCAAAGCCACCCGUCUUUCAGAAUAAGCUCGACGAGCGCGAAUAUCUCAAAGGCCGCUUGGCUCUUGCGUUUCGACUUUUCGGACACAACGGGUAUGAGGAAGGGGUGGCAGGCCACAUCACCCUCCGGGACCCUGUGCUUCCCGGCCAUUUCUGGGUCAACCCCUUUGGAGUGCCCUUCACCCACAUCAGAAAAUCGGAUCUCAUCCUCGUCGACUCUGAUGGGAACGUCGUGGACGGCGGCGAGAACCGACUGCUAAAUGUCGCAGCGUAUAUGAUUCACUCCGCGGUACACGAGGCCCGUCCCGAUGUCCUUUGCGCUGCACACUGCCACUCCUUGUACGGCCGGACCUUCAGCACCCUGGGGCGAGAGAUUGACAUCAUUACGCAAGACUCGUGUGCUUUCUACAAAGACCACUCCGUGUAUAACUCGUUCAAGGGCGUGGUGCUGGCCAAGGAGGAAGGUCAUAACAUUGCGAAGGCUCUGGGCAAGAAUAAGGCUGUGAUACUUCAAAACCAUGGGCUUCUGACGGUCGGCCAAUCUAUUGAGGCCUGUAUUUUCUGGUUCACUACUCUGGAAGGGUGUUGCAAGACUCAACUGCUGGCCGACGCUGCUGCAGCAGGCCGAGGUGGUGGCAAGCCCAUUGAGAUCGAUGCCGAGGACGCCGCGUUUACCUUCAAGACUAUUGGCUCGCCAAGAGCUGGGUGGUUUGCCGGCCAGCCAGCAUUUACUGUUUUGGAAAGACAAUACGGGCAGGACGUCUUCCUGUAGAUGGUCUGGAUUGCAUCGCGGACUUGCUGGUCGCUUGUUGUGUUCGGCGUUACUCAGGAAACGCUACACGGUGUCGAUAAUGUAUCAGAUCGCACAUAACAUAGUACUUGAUACUUUAUUACUACGUGUAAUUGCCGCGAAUACCACGAAGCGAUGC